AGAACUUAUAGAAGAAUCGAGGUACGAGUCAACGGUAAGUCAGUCGGACCUAUAUUUUGGAAUAGAAUUGUAGUAAUUGAUUUACUGCAAACGUUCCAUAACAAAGUGGACUUACUUGAUCCGUUUUUCAGCUACGUUUUAUAUACUUUUCCGCAAUCUUCCAAUUCCCUUCAUCUCCUGCCAAAUUUUGAUGCCAAAUUUGAUUUAUUUUAUUUUGAAUACACAAAAAGUGUAAUAGUGUGUAAUAGUGUGUAGGUGAGGAGAGCCGUAAGAGCUGCCGCGAUUUGAUGUGUUUUUCGCAUCGACGGUAAACAAUAUCAGAAAUACAUUAAUUCUCGUUAAUUAAUAAGUUUCAAAACUACAAAUUGCGGAUUUCGAUAAAGACUAUUCGGGUACGACGAUGCAUGUAUUUUUGCCUACAAUAAGUAUCUGAUUCAAUUCUAGACAAUAGUUUGUCUUAAUUGCACUUUAUUUUUCAUCCUUUUCUCCCUUCAGAUCCCAGAUCUACUUCUGUCUUGCUUUAGAGAGGCAAAGACUUCGGCCGAAACUAUCAUGGCUUAGGUUAACUUCGUUGUUGAGUAACAUGGCGGGAUUGAUGGAGAGAGAGAGAGUAACCUUCACAGGAUCACGUUCUGUCGUCUCAGCAUAUUAUUUUAGCAAUGUAUUUGAUUGUUGGUUGCAAGAUAAUCGCGUUAAAAACUGCGGAGUUACUCUUUGCUGUAAUGCUGUGAAUAAUCGACGAAGUUUGGAUAUUUUGUUGGUUGAGAUGGUCGUUAUCUUAAUUUAACGAUAAAGGACAGACUUGAGAAAAGAGAAUUCUCCCGUUUUUUAAUUGGUAUCAAACAUUAUAUUUUAUUCUGUACUGUGCUUUAGUUGAGUGACUAUUGCAGCAAGUUUUGCUGUUUUCAUUAUUCUCAGGUUGAAUUGAUUGAUUUACAUGAGAUUAAACGUUAAAUUUCAGAUCUUAACAAUAAAUUGGAACUCUUGCACACUUUGUUGAAUAUAUACUAGAGAUAAACUGGUUGUAGUAUUGUGCUGCGUUGAACCACGAUUAGCUUCUCUAGCCACAACAAAAAGAAAGCAAUCUUAUAUCUCAAAGCAUUUAUUAUGUACUAUAUUUUGAUUCAGUAAACUAGCUGUAAAGAAACAAACAUAUGGGAGAUAGUUACAUUUUAUGCAGCGUUGAAAAGUUGUAGUCGAGACAGUUGAUUGCAUUCUCUCGAUUACAUCAAACUGUAGUUGCAACUUGGUGAACAAUAUGAGUAACGCAAGUAAUACAGAAGAACAAGUGAAAGAUGAGCAAGAUGAGAAGAUGGAGACUACCUGCAAGAUAUAUGUAAAGCAGCCUCACGAGAUACUGAAGCAGUCUUCAUUAAAAAGCAUCAAUGACGACGUGCAACGUGCAAUCGAAGGCCUCAAGGAAAUACCAGACGAAGAACUGCAAGGGUUUCUCGAUGACGAAUCUUUCAUGGAAGGAUUGGACGUUGUAGAUGCAUGGGAAGGUGAUGAAGACAAAAAUCGCGAAAUGGAACGUGCAGCAGACUCCACAGAGCAGAAAACGAAGCCACCAUCUAGGGAACGUCAUCAGCGCGCUGCGCGCGAGCAUAAGGGACCUAACAACCGCGAGAAACCGAAGAAAGAAGAGAAGAAGCGCGAGGACACUCAGCGUCGGGAUCCCGCCAAGAGUACCAAGGACAUCGAGCGCGAUAAGAUCCGGACGAAAAGGGACACAGAGAGCAAGCUACUGGCGGAGAAGGAGAAGGCGAUCAAGCACCUGCUCGACUCAGACAACGUGGUGCCGCCGGGCACAGAAACCGAGGCUAUCCAGAGCAUCGCCGAGAGACAGAACCUGGAGCGGGCGCAGCAGCAGCAACGCGAACGCAGGAGCCGCGAACGACGCAGGAGUGUAGAUCGUUACGGCAGGUCGAGCCCGUCGCGGCGUAAGAGUCACGACAGAGUCGUCAGGGUGAGUCCACAUCGACGUGGCGCAGCUAGUCCGGAACGUCGCAGGAGUCCGUUCGGUAGAACAAGCGCGGAAAGGCACAGAAGCCCCGUGGGUUACAGUCCGGGCAGCAAGCGCAGGAACUCGCCGCGUUACGUCUCCGAUCGUAGGAGCCCGAGUGUGACGAGUCCGGACCGACGAAGAAGUCCACGACGACUUAGCUGGGAGCGACGGUCGAGUGUGGACCGACGAUGGAGCAGCGAGCGACAUAGGAGACGCGACAUGCACGAACGCCGGAGAAGCCGAUCUCGCGAUCGCGAUCGCGAUCGGAGGAGCCGCAGUACGGAACAUUCGAGAAGAAGAACGAGCCGCUCGCCGAUGAACCGCCGAUACAGCCCCCGUCGUCGCACACGAAGCAGAUCGCCGGAGAAGCGAGCGCGGAAGCGCUCGCCCUUCAUCCACGAAUUGGCGCGGCAACUGAGAGACGAGGCGUUGAUACCAGCUGGCAGCAACGCGAACAGCAACAACGGCGGCGCAUACCCACCCUCAGCGAUGCUUAACGUGCCCGUGUAUCAGCCAGAGGCAGCAGACGCGACGAGACAGGUCCUCGCGACCGCGACCUACAUGCAUCAGCCGGGCCCGCAGCCGCCGUUACCAGCGCAACCGCCGCCACCGCCACCGCCGCCGCCGUCCUCCGUCAUGUCUAUGCCGAGCGGCCCGCCGGGCUUCAUGAACUUCGAAAUGCCAGUCGUACCUAUGACCUUCGAGAUUCCGAUGGCCCAGCAGACAUUGCCCCCGGCGGAUUACUCUUCCGGCCCCGUCAUGUACAAUCAGCCGAACGCCGCUUCCAUGUCAGCGCCACCACCGCCACCCGGCAUCCGCGCCUCGAUGCAUCCUGCGUCGGUAUCCUCGCCGCAACCUGUUCCCGCACCGACGAUGGAUCACGGCCUAUUGCCGUAUAAUCCGUCCCACGUGCCUCCCAUUCAACAGCCGCAGUCGAUCCUCCAAUUCGGCAUGGCAGAGGGUGACGCCGGUUUGGCGGCUGCUAACCCGUCAUCCUGUGCCAUGUCGGCACAGAGCUACAACGAGCACAAAACAACGUCGUACAACAACGCGCCGUAUCGUCAGCCGCACGAAGAACGACUGAAGACACCCGAACCACCGGUCAUCUCCAAGCCAAAACAAUUUGAAAAAACCAGUUUGUCGAGUCUACUGGAAGCGUCUGUCUCGGCCAAAGAUCCAUCUAAUAUACCGGUGUUGUACCCAGGAUUCAAUCCUGAAAUAAUGCGACACUGCGAACAAGCGCUAUUGCAACUACCGUACGAGGACCCACGUUUAAAGAUGAAGGGUCGAUUUUUCUACGCUCGUGACGAAGAAGACGUGAGAUACGAGACCGAGGACCACGGCUCGAACUCGAUACUGCUGCAGAAGAGCAAAACGAAGAUAUACUGGGAGGAGAACAUGGAACAGCCAGCACCGAUCGCGAAGUCGACCACUCAAACGCACCAGAAAAUCUGUCAGACGGACGAAGUGGAGAUGCAAACGAAGGGUGUGCAGGUGCACAUUGUCUCCAUGCUCCAUUGCGAGACGCAGGUUUAUCCGCAUGAUUUUCAGCAAGUAAACAGAGAGGAGAGGCGACCGAUAAUGGAUCGUCUCGACUGGAGCGUGCGGGAAACGUACGACUAUGCGCCCAAAUUCCGCGAAGUGGACGAUCUCAGACUCCACCUGAGUAACUCCUCGCAGAGGCGUUCGUGGAACCGGCAGGCCUCUCCGCCCAGAAGACUCGACACGGUCGACCACGAACACCAUCUGGAGCCCGCUGAUCACGGCUCCAGGAACGUGAGAAGGGACUCCCCGUUCAGAGACGGUUAUCCCGGUCACAGAGUGCGCGAUCACUACGGUCACGCUCGAUUCUCGCCCGAGUACAGACGUUCUACGGAGCGCGACGAGUACCACGACAGAAGGAGCGAACACAGUCGCGGUGAGAGCCCGAUGGAGUUGGAAGACUCUGACGAGAACGGCAACGACGACAACGGCGUAAUGACGGGCCACACGUACCAGAGAGAAUCCGAGUGGCACGGAAGAGGGAGAGGAAUACGAGGUAAAGGUCAUACUUUCAAAGGAAAGCACCCGGGGGGGAGACCGUACCGGAGUCGCGGAGGCCACCGGGGCAAGUUCUGAGGUCACUUGUCGUUAACAAAGUAAUCAUUCUCCGGCGGUGUUGGCCGGAUUGGUUGAACUUUGUUGAACGGCCAAAGAGAUUAUGCUCACGUAUGUCGCACAUAAUAGUUUUAUGAUUUGUCAUUUAUUGUGCACAGGAAAAUGAAACUAGUCGCAAAAGCGGAUGAGCACGAAUCGCGACUUCCCCACAGUGCAAAUACUUGUUCGUAGCGGACAGCUGGACGAAAGAUUCAGUACAGUGCUUCGAUCAUUUUCAAGCGUACGAGUCGUCGAUAGAUACCAAUUGUGCAAUAUCCCGACGGAGCCAGGAACCAGCUUUCCACCGAAAGAAGACCCCGCACCUGUGUGCGCACUGUGAGAGCUGCAACAGUGUCGUAAUAGCAUUGCAAUAUACAGAGCAUUGUGCCACACGUACUGUCGAUCACAUAUAUCUGUACGAAAUUCUGAAAAAAGAAAAACGUCUCUCGCCACACGUUUCGUCGACCACACGUGAAGAUUCGCACGUGGGAAAUCAGUGAUGCGCGACGCAUUAGCAAGUUUGUCAAAGAGAGGCUGCUUGUUGGAACUGUGUGUACAAAUUUUCUGAAGAGAACGGCACGUCCGGAAGUUGUCUCGAGCGGAUUCCGGCUUCUUCGUGACGAACGUGCAAACAGAGCUCACCGAAUAAACGUGCACGAACACUUCGUUUCGUCGUGAAGAUAUUUUUAUUAUAGAAAUAGAUCGUCAUUCUCUCCAUGUAUGAGUGCGUAUGUAUAUGUGCGUGCGUGCGUGCGUGCGUGCGUGUGUGGAUGUGCGCGCGUGCGCGCGCCGUUAGACCAUGAAUAUCCCCAUCGGCCGGAUCUUGUUCUUCGUAGCCACGAGAACUCUAUCUUAAGACAAUUAUGCGGAAAAUCGCGUCACAUUGUUGCGAAGGAUCGCUGGGGAGAUAUCAGUCGGGCCGACAAUUUUUUUUUUCCGAAUUGCAACCAAGAGAUAAGACGUCUUACACCCCUGUAUAUUGGUCGCCGACUGAUCCGACGCGUUUGCGUGACCACCAUUUGGCUGCUGCAGUGUUGUGCAUUACGUAGGAAUUCGUCUUCUAACGGUUGCCCGGAAUACUUUUCCUUCUGCCUGAUAAGUAUUAUCUUAGAGCGCGCGCGCGCGCGUGAAACUUAUUGGGAUUUCGUGUGGAGAGAGAUUUUAUCGCACAGUGCCAUCUUAUCUUGCGCGAGGCACUGAAGUAACGGUCUCGUCGCGAUAAUCGUUACUAGCAGUACGUCCCAAAUACGUGUACUGUAUUAUUAUCUGCAGAAUGUUCUCAACCGUUCGACAUUGUUUGCACGAGUCCCUCUCAUCGGCUACAUCGAAUGAUUCUUUCUUCUGAUGUUUUCUUUUUUUCUUUAUCGAACUCAAUAUUUAAAAUUAAUAUAUAAAUUAUGGAAACAGAUGUAUGAAGCUCCGAAUCACUCCCACGUAGGGAAUACAAUGUUCCCUUGUCGGGAUAAUCGAAGCUUUUACAGACGAUGUUAUAAGUGACUUUUUUUUUUAAUUCAAAUAUCUAUGUAUUGGUAUUAUUUUCUUGUUGCAUAUUUGUAGUUAUAUGUGCCUUUAAAGGCCUGUAGCCAUUUGUUGGAGAGACAAGUUGUCUUGUCGGAUAUGUUUCACCAGAGUACUGUAAAUAUGUAAUAAACCUGUAAAAAAGUUUUUACCGUCACGAGCAGUUGGAAUCUUUACUCGUGUAAAUUCGCGUCCUUUUAUAAGUUUAUUGGUUCAUAGCUAUAUUUCUACAUAUACACAACAAGCAAAUAUCUCAUUUGCUAAUAUUGGCUACGCAAUGAAUCGUUUAUGGUGAUUCAAGUGACUAUACAGCAUUUGUUCGUACCACCUAAGAUUCGCAUUACAUAUAUAUUGUUUCGAUGACUGAUAUUAGAACGACUGUAUCAUUCAAAUGACAAGAAAACUAAUAAAAUCUUUUUACAAUUCA